AUGCAUUUUCAGUGGAGGCAACACUACAAGAAUCUGGUGCUGCUAGCAUACCAGAGCUUCGGUGUUGUGUAUGGGGACCUAAGCACAUCCCCCCUCUAUGUGUAUAAAAGUACAUUCUCAGGAAGGCUUGGACAGUACCAAGAUGAACAGACAGUAUUUGGUGUACUUUCCCUUAUAUUUUGGACCUUCACGCUUCUUCCUUUGCUCAAGUAUGUCAUUAUUGUAUUGAGCGCUGAUGACAAUGGCGAAGGUGGACCAUUUGCUCUGUAUUCUCUCCUCUGCAGGCAUGCAAAGCUUAGCUUGCUUCCAAAUCAACAAGCAGCAGAUGAGGAGCUAUCUACAUACUACAGAGAGGGGUUUUCUGCUCAGCAUGGGUCUUCACCUUGGCUAAGAAGGUUCCUAGAGAAGCACAAAAAAGUCAAAACUGGGCUUCUCCUUGUAGUUCUAUGUGGUGCUAGCAUGGUGAUUGGUGACGGUGUCCUCACUCCAGCAAUCUCAGUGCUAUCAUCUAUGUCUGGGUUGCAAGUUCGAGCUACUGGUUUACAGGAACGUUCGGUGGUGCUACUUUCAUGCAUUGUAUUGGUUGGUCUGUUCUCCUUGCAACACCGAGGUACUCAGAAGGUGGCAUUCAUGUUUGCACCAAUUGUUAUCAUCUGGCUCUUCUGCAUUGGUGGAAUUGGAUUGUACAAUAUAGUUCAUUGGAACCCACGGAUUUACCAAGCGCUCUCCCCAUAUUAUAUUAUUAAGUUCUUUAGGACGACCGGCACAGAUGGCUGGAUUGCUCUAGGAGGAAUACUACUUUCUAUGACAGGCAGUGAGGCUAUGUUUGCCGAUCUCGGUCAUUUUACAAGUGCAUCUGUCAGGCUAGCUUUUAUUACAAUCAUAUAUCCAUGUCUUACACUGCAAUAUAUGGGCCAAGCAGCGUUUCUAUCGAAGAACAUGUUCCACAUGCGCACAAGUUUUUAUGACUCCAUCCCAGUUGUUGGAAGCCAGGCUGUAAUUUCAGCAACAUUCUCUAUUGUAAAGCAAUGCCAUGCUUUGGGUUGUUUCCCACGAGUGAAGAUUGUUCACACAUCUAGGUGGAUCUAUGGGCAGAUUUACAUUCCUGAAAUAAAUUGGAUCCUUAUGGUGCUAUGUGUAGGUGUCACAGUUGUGUUCGGUGAUACAACCCUUAUUGGAAAUGCCUAUGGUAUUGCUUGCAUGACUGUUAUGAUUGUUACUACAUUCUUGAUGGCAUUGAUCAUCAUCUUUGUUUGGCAAAAGAACAUACUAUUUGCCUUGUUGUUUCUAUUAUUCUUCGGGUCCAUUGAAGCUGUGUAUCUUUCCUCUUCGCUCAUGAAGGUUCAUCAGGGAGGAUGGGUGCCUCUUGUGCUUGGUUUCAUAUUCAUGUGUGUUAUGUUCAUUUGGCAUUAUGGAUCAAGGAAGAAGUACCUGUUUGAUCUUCAGAACAAAGUGUCAAUGAGAUCAAUCCUGUCUCUAGGUCCAAACCUUGGCAUCGUUCGUGUUCCAGGAAUUGGACUGAUCUACACAGAGCUGGUGACUGGUGUGCCCGCCAUCUUCACGCAUUUUGUCACCAAUCUCCCUGCCUUUCAUGAAGUCCUAGUAUUCCUUUGUGUCAAGUCAGUGCCGGUGCCAUACGUGCCACCAGAUGAGCGAUACCUCGUAGGCAGGAUUGGGCCUAGAGCGUACCGGAUGUACCGUUGCAUUGUCAGGUAUGGUUACAAAGAUAUGCAGAGAGAUGACGAGAACUUCGAGAACAUGCUAGUCAUGAGCAUCGCAAAGUUCAUCAUGAUGGAAGCCGAGGAUGUCUCGUCUUCAGCAAGUUACGACAUCGCUAACGAGGGAAGAAUGGCCGUGAUAAGAACCACAGAAGAUGCCGGCACCCCACUGGGCAUGAGAGAUCUGAGCGGCCUCGCCGAUUCCAUCUCCACCACGAGGAGUAGCAAAUCCGAGAGCCUCCGGAGCCUGCAGUCGUCCUACGAGCAGGAGUCCCCGAGCGCAGGACGGAGGCGCCGCGUCCGCUUCGAGCUGCCAAAUGAGGACACCAUGGACCAGCAGGUGAAGGACGAGCUGCUGGCGCUCGUGGAGGCGAAGCACGCGGGGGUCGCGUACAUCAUGGGCCAUUCUUACAUCAAAGCCAGGAGGAGCUCCAGUUAUGUGAAGAAGAUUGUGAUCGAUGUCGGCUACUCUUUCCUCCGGAAGAACUGCAGAGGCCCGUCAGUCUCGCUGCAUAUUCCACAUAUUAGCCUGAUAGAAGUCGGUAUGAUCUACUAUGUGUAGUAGGCCUAAUGUGAUUUUCUGUCUACAUGUGUGGAUCAAUCCGGUGGCAACAAAGCAUGUGCUACCUAUGAACCCACCCUAUGCUUUUUUGUCUGGAGUUCAUGCUGCAGUCUGUAGCAUGGAAUGCUGCAUCCAGACACCCAAGUGCUGAGAUGAGGGCGCUGUGCAUGUUAACAUCACUUCUCAGCCCCAAUAAACUGCCAGACUAUAAUUAUUUAGUUUAUGUUUCUUUGUUUUGGAUUUUUUGCAUCCAUGAUAAGUGUAUUUACUUCCUGGGGAAAACGUUGAAAGGAAUCAGUUAUGUCAUUUUAAAUUUGUUUCUCUCCAGAAAUGGCAGUCAUCCAGAUUGGCAUGCAACCAGUCUUUUUAUUCUUUUUAUGCUUAGUAGUAUGUAACAAGGUCAGAACAUCUCAAGUUUGUAGCACAUGUUCUAAGUUUA